UUUAAUCUUACACCUAUUAUGGUAAUAAUGGACCAUUUAUUUAUUGAUACGGAAUUUCCUAUCAUUAGAAACUUCACUAAUGCAUCGGAAAAAUGUGACCCGAAAAUAUUUUAGCCUUUAUUGGUUAGAAUAUUCCUUUUAAAUAACUUCACCUAAUGCAGAUCAAUGCAACGGAAAAAUGUGACCGAAAAAAUUUCAGUAAACCAAAUAUCUCAGAUAAAGAUAUCAAUACAAAAGGAACAAAAAAUUGUUCAUAUUGCAAUAAACCUUUUACUAAAGAAUUAUGGUGUGAAGAAUGUAUUAAUUCUUUAGAAAAAUUAGCAGAAAAUAAUGAUGAAAUAGGAAUGUUUAAUUUAGCCAUAUGUUAUAAAGAUGGAGAAGGAAUAGAAAAGAAUUUAGAAAAAGCCUUUCAUUGGUAUCAAAAAGCAGCAGAGAAAGAUCAUAUUAAAGCAAUGACUAAUUUAGCCAAAUGUUAUAAAAAUGGAGAAGGGACAGAAAAAGAUUUAGAAAAAGCCUUUCAUUGGUAUCAAAAAGCAGCAGAAAAUGGUGAUGAAGAUGCAAUGAAUAUUUUAGCCAUGUAUUAUAAAGAUGGAGAAGGAACAAAAAAGGAUUUAGAAAAAGCCAUUUAUUGGUACCAAAAGGCAGCAGAAAACAAUCAUACUUGUGCAAUGUUUAAUUUAGCCAAUAAGCAUUAUUUUGGAGAAGGAACAGAAAAGGAUUUAGGAAAAGCCUUUCAUUGGUAUCAAAAAGCAGCAGAAAAUGAUUAUGAAGAAGCAAUGAAUAGUUUAGCCGCGCAUUACGAAAAUGGAGAAGGAAGAAAAGGAUUUAGAAAAAGCCUUUUAUUGGUAUCAAAAAGCAACGGAAAAAAAUGAUGAUGAAGCAAUGUUUAAUUUGGCAUAUAAUUAUUAUUAUGGAGAAGGAACAGAAAAGGAUUUAAGAAAAGCCUUUAUUUUGUAUGAAAUAGCAGCAGAAAUGAAUGGUAAUAAAAACGCAAUGUAUAAUUUAUCUCUAUGUUAUUAUAAUGGAGAAGGAACAAAAAA